AUGGUAGUACAAAUGAUGAACUUAGUCUUGGACACAGAUGGUUAUUAUGAGGUGAAUUUGACUAGUUUUGCUUGGGACUGGAGAAACGAAAUAAUCGAUUAUCUCGGGCAUGGAAAGUUUCCCGAAGACCCCAAAGCAUCAAGAGCGUUACGCGCCAAAGCCGCACGUUAUAGCUUCAAGAAAGGCCAAUUGUACAAAAAAUCCUUUCAAGGCCAGUUGGCCUGGUGCUUAGGAGCAUCAGAAGCUAACUAUGUCAUGAGAGAAGUCCACGAAGGGAUAUGUGGCAACCACUCAGGUGCAGUUUCUUUGGUGCUGAAAUUAGUUCGGGCAAGAUAUUACCGGCCCCGUAUGGAAGAAGAUGCCAAAGACUUCGUCCUUAUCAGAAGAUCGGAGAACGCAAAGUGGUCUACUUCUUAUGGGAAACCAUGA